AUGCCAACCACGCAUCGGAGAGCCUGCCGCACCCUGUCGCGCCAAUCCGGGCCCCGGAGAGCUCAGCUCCGCCGGGCAACGCCAAACCGGGCCAGAGAGACCGGGCCUCGGAGAGAUCGGUCACGUCGGAACACGCAAGCCCGGGCCGCGGUGAGCCUAGCCACGCUAGCCAGGCACCCGGAGUGCCCUGCAACGCCAACAGGGGCCCCGGAAAGCACGGCCACGUCGGGCCAUGGAAGCCUGUCCCCCGAGGAAACCGGCCACACCGAAACACGGAAACCCGAGAUCCGGAGAGCCCGGCCAAACCGGGCCACGUAUACCUGUUCCUCGGAGAGUCCGUCCACGCCGGGCAAAGCUAGCCCGGGACCAGGAGAACCCGGGCACGCCAGUCCGAGCCCCGGAGGACAGGGCCAGCCGGUCCACGCCAGCCCGGGCCCCCGAGAGACCGGACACGAAAGGCCAGGCCAGCCCGAGACCCAGAGAACUCAGCCACGCCGAGUCACGACAGCCCGGGACCUGGAGAGCCCGUCCACGCCGGACAAGAGCACGGCCACGCCAGGCAAAGCUAGCCUGGAACCAGGAGAACCCGGGCACGCCAGUCCGAGCCCCGGAGGACAGGGCCAGCCGGUCCACGCCAGCCCGGGCCCCCGAGAGACCGGACACGAAAGGCCAGGCCAGCCCGAGACCCAGAGAACUCGGCCACGCCGAGUCACGACAGCCCGGGACCCGGAGAACCCGUCCACACCGGGCCAGCUAGCCUGGGCCCCGGAGUGCCCGGCCACGCGGGGCAGAACAGCCCGGGCGCCUGAGAGCCCGGACACGCCUGGCCAGGCAAGCACGGGCAACGGAGAGACCGGCUACGCCUUGCCUGGCAAGCCCGGCUACCGUACGGCCCUGCCACGCCAGUCCACGGCAACCCGGGCCACCAAGAGCCCGGACACGCUUGGCCAUGCCAGCCCGUGCCCCGGAGAGCACGGCCACGCCUGGGCAUGUCAGCCUGCACUCAGGAGAGCCCCGCCACACAGCCCGGGGACCGGAGUGUCCGGCCACAAGGGGCAACGCCAGCCCAGGCCCCGUCGAGCACGGACACGUCUGGCCAGGCCAGCCCGCGCCUCGGAGAGACCGGCCACGCCGGAACAGAUCAGCCCGGGCCACGGAGAGAAUGGCCACGCAGGCCAGGCCAGCCCGGGACCCACACUGCACGGCCACGCCUGGCCAGGCCAGCCUGUUACGCGUAGAGCCCGGCCACGCAGGCCCACGCUAGCACGGGGCCCGGAGAGCCUGGCCACGCCGGACAACGCCAGGCCGGGCCCCGCAGAAUCCGGACAACUCUGGCCAGGUAUUCCCGGGCCCCCGCGCGCCUGGACACGCCUGGCCACGUCAGCCCGCGCCACGGAGAACUCGGCCACGCCGAGCCACGCUAGCCCGGGGCCGGGAGAGCCCGGUCACGCCGGACCACGCCAGACCAGGCCUCGGAGAGUCCGGCCACGCCGGACAAGGCAAGCCUGGACCUCGGAGAUCCCGGCCACGCCGGGCCAGCCCAACCCGGGCCCUGGAGAGACCGGCCUCGUCGGGCAAAGACAGCCCGGGCCCCCGCGCCCGCGGACACGAAUGGCCACGCCAGCCCGGGCAUUCCUGGGACCCGGAGAGCCCGCCCACGUCGUGCAACGACAGCCCGGGCCCCGGAUAGCACCGCCACGCCAGGCCGAGCCGUGGACAGCCCGGCCACGCCUGGCCACAUCAGCCAGGGCACCGGAGAAUCCGGACACGUCUGUCCAGGCCAUCCCGGGAACCAGAGAACCCGGCCAAGACGGGCCAAGGCAGCCCAGGCACCAGGGAGCUCGGCCUAGACUGCCCGGGCCGCGGGGAGCCCGCGACCCGGGGAGCCCGGCCAAGCCAAUCCGUGAGCCGGAGAGUCCGGCCAAGCCCUUCCACGCCAGUCCGGGCUGCGGAGAGCCCGACAACGUCUGUCUUGGCCGCGGAGAGGCCGGCCACGACGUGCCACGCUUGCCCGGAACCCGGAGAGCCCGGGCCCCAGAAACCUCGGCCACGCCGGGCCAGGCCAAACCGGGCACCGGAGAGCCCGGCCACGCAGGGCCAGUCCAGCCCAGGCCCCGACGAUCCUGGCCACGCCAGCCCGGGCCCCGCAGAGCCCGGACAAGCCGGGCCACGCCAGCACAGGGCCCGGAGAGCACGGUCACGCCGGACCAGGCAAGCCUGGGACUCGGAGAUCCCGGCCACGCCGCGUCACGCCAGCCCGGGCCGCGGAGAGCCCGGCCACUCCUGGCCAGGCAAGCCCGUGCCACGGAGAGUCCGGCCACGCCGGGCCGCGCCAACACGGACCACGGAGAGCCCGGCCACGACGGGUCCCCUCAGCGGGUGCCCCGGAGAGCCCGGCCACAUUGGGCAGUGCCAGCGCGGGUCUCCGAGAGCCUGGCCACGGCGGGUAACGCAAGCGCGGGCCCCGGAGUGCCUGGCCACGCCAGCGCGGGCCCCGGAGACUUCGGCCAGGGCGGGCCACGCAAGCGCGUGCUCCGGAGAGCCCGAACACGCCAGGGCAACGCCAGCCCGGCCCCGGAGAGACCGGCCACGACGGGUCGCGUCAGCGGGGGCCACGGAGAGCCCGGCCACGCCGGGCCACGCCGGGCCACGCCGGCCCACGCCAGAGCGGGCCCCGGAGUGAACCGCCACACCGGGCCACGGCAGCGCGGGUCACGGAGAGCCCGGCCACGCCGGGCCACUCCAGCCCGGGCCACGGAGAACCCGGUCACGCCGGGCCACGACAGCGCGGGCCACGGAUAG